UUUUCUCCAUGAAUUAUAGGAUCGGCGGCGGAACAUGUAGCAUCGUUCUUAACCCACACAGAGAGAGAGGGAGAGGACCGCGAGGCGGUCCCCCUUUGAACUGCAUAGCUCCAUCCUCCGCCUGCUACUCGGCUGAAAGCGCUCCAGUGAAGUGCAUGUAGUAGCAGUCUUGUCUUCGUUCGUGUUUAUUCCAUUCCUUUACCUCUCUCUCUCUCUCCUGUCUCUCUCGGCUAACAGUAACUGCUUCUCCAGCGCAAGAGAUAUAGAGGGAUGAAGCGAGGAUUUAUAACGGACUUGCUCCUUCUGAUGAUCAAUGCAGUUCUCUUUGCAACAACUGCGGCUCCUCAGAAGCUGUACACCAACCACUUCUUGGUGCAGUUAGACGGCGGCGAUGGGGUCGCCCAACGGGUUGCUGCAGACUCAGGCUUCAUCGCUGUCAGGAAGCUCCCAUUUGGAGAUGGACUCUAUCACUUCACUCAUAACGGUAUUCCAAAGGCCAGGCGAAGACGCAGUGCUCGAUACAAGCUUUAUCUGGAAAAGAACCCAAGGGUAAAACAUGCCUCACAGCAAGAAGCCUUUAGCCGAAAGAAGCGAGGAUAUCGGAGUAUUCGUGAAAUUGGUAUCAUGAUGAAUGAUCCUUUGUUUACUAAACAAUGGUAUCUUGUCAACACAGGGCAAGCUGAUGGAACUCCUGGCUUAGACCUGAAUGUGGCUGAGGCUUGGGAGUUGGGAUAUACUGGAAAAGGAGUAACCAUCGCUAUCAUGGACGACGGCAUUGAUUACUUGCACCCUGACCUUGCGGAAAACUAUAAUGCAGAAGCCAGCUAUGAUUUCAGCAGCAAUGACCCAUAUCCGUAUCCCCGCUACACAGGUGAUUGGUUUAACAGCCACGGGACAAGGUGCGCUGGUGAAGUAUCUUCUGCUGCCAAUAACAAUAUAUGUGGUGUGGGAGUGGCUUACUCAUCACGGGUGGCAGGCAUUCGUAUGCUGGACCAGCCAUUCAUGACUGACAUCAUUGAAGCCUCUUCCAUCAGUCACAUGCCUCAGAUUAUAGAUAUCUACAGCGCCAGCUGGGGGCCAACCGAUGAUGGUAAAACUGUGGAUGGACCUCGUGAGUUGACUUUACAGGCUAUGGCAGAUGGUGUUAAUAAGGGUCGGAAUGGAAAGGGAAGUAUCUAUGUGUGGGCCUCUGGGGAUGGGGGCAGCUACGAUGACUGCAACUGUGAUGGCUAUGCAUCGAGCAUGUGGACUAUCUCCAUCAACUCUGCCAUUAAUGAUGGUCGGACAGCGCUUUAUGAUGAAAGCUGCUCCUCGACUCUUGCCUCUACCUUCAGCAACGGGAGGAAGAGAAACCCAGAGGCUGGUGUGGCAACAACUGAUUUGUACGGCAACUGUACUCUCCGUCAUUCUGGGACAUCUGCUGCAGCACCAGAGGCCGCUGGUGUUUUUGCCUUGGCUUUAGAGGCAAAUCCCACCCUAACUUGGCGAGACAUGCAGCAUCUGACAGUCUUGACUUCCAAACGCAACCAACUGCAUGAUGAGAUCCACAAAUGGAGAAGGAAUGGUGUGGGCCUGGAGUUUAAUCACCUUUUUGGGUAUGGAGUGCUUGAUGCUGGAGGGAUGGUCAAAAUGGCCAAAGACUGGAAGACAGUUCCUGAGAGGUUCCACUGUGUCGGAGGAUCGGUGCAGGAGUCACAAACGAUCUCUUCGGAAGACAAGAUGGUCCUAAAAAUAUCGACUGACGCAUGUGAGGGCAAGGAUAACUUUGUCCGCUACCUUGAGCAUGUCCAGGCUGUGCUGACAAUGAAUGCCACCAGACGAGGUGACCUUAACGCCAACAUGACCUCCCCAAUGGGCACAAAGUCCAUUCUGCUCAGCCGCAGGCCUCGGGAUGAUGACUCCAAGGUGGGCUUUGACAAAUGGCCUUUCAUGACAACACACACCUGGGGCGAGGACCCCAGGGGCACUUGGAUCCUGGAGGUUGGCUUCGUUGGCGGCACCGAGCAGAAGGGGGUGCUCAAGGAAUGGACCUUGAUGCUCCAUGGGACGCAGAGUGCUCCUUACAUAGACCAAAGAGUGAGUGAUUACCAGUCCAAAUUGGCCAUGUCAAAGAAGGAAGAGCUGGAGGAAGAACUGGACGAAGCAGUGGAAAGAAGCCUGAAAAACCUGCUAACGAGAAACUAGUUUAGUAAAUGCUGCAUGUCAGUCUUUCAUCCCCAAAUCCCACAUUGUAGCUGCUUUGUGACUUAACACUCCCUGAAAUGAAUGUUUCCUGUUGCAAAAUUAUCACACCUUGCCGUGAUCUUAAAUUCAUCUGUCAUACGUUGUCAGUUAAUAAUUAAAUUUAAAUGACAAUUUUUUUACACCAAUAACUGUUAAUUCCACAAAUUUUAUGUACAGUUGGUGACUGUAAGGAUCGCUGGUGUGUGAAACUUAAAAGUGAAAUCUUGCAAGCAAA